AUGGCAGAGAAAAUCAUUCUUACGACAGACUGUUCCAGUUUUACUUCCUGUUCUGUUGCAGAGUGGUUCUGUCAAGAGAAGCAGCCCUUGGCCACUGAAACACCAGUGGGAAUGGCAGCUGCAGGGAGCGGGGAAGAGGGCUUCGAUGGCCAGGACCUAAGCCUCAUGUACACAGAGUCACUAGUGACGUACCCAGGGGUCAGUACUGGAUCCGAUCUGUGUAACCUCUUCGUUAAUGACCUGGAUGAUAGAGCAAAGUGCACCCUCAGCAAGUUUGCAGGCAGUACAAAAUCGGACAAAGUGGCUGAUAUGCCAGAGAGCCAUGCUGCCAUCCAGAGGGAUCUUGGCAGGCUGGAGGAAUGGGCUAGCAAGAACCUCAUGAAGUUCAACAAAGGGUUGUUUCCCGCAGUGCUGAACCUGGCCACUAAUGCUCUCAUCACAACCAAUGCCACCUGUGGAGAAAAGGGUCGGGAAAUGUACUGCAAACUUGUUGAACAUGUACCUGGACAGCCCGCAAGGAACCCGCAGUGCCGCAUUUGUGAUCAAAGGAGCAGGGUUCCACAUCAACGACAUCCGAUAACAAAUGCAAUUGAUGGCAAGAACACUUGGUGGCAAAGCCCUAGUAUCCAGAAUGGAAUUGAAUAUCAUUAUGUGACUAUUACAUUGGACCUCCAACAGAUUUUCCAGAUAGCGUAUGUUAUUGUGAAAGCCGCUAACUCGCCUCGACCUGGGAAUUGGAUAUUAGAGCGUUCGCUGGAUGGUGUAGACUAUCAACCAUGGCAAUACUAUGCUAUCACAGACAGUGAGUGCCUGACACGCUACAACAUUCAUCCCCGUCCUGGAACUCCAUCUUAUAUAAAAGAUGAUGAAGUCAUAUGCACUUCUUACUAUUCCAAAAUCCAUCCUCUGGAGAACGGAGAGAUUCAUACUUCUCUAAUUAAUGGACGGCCUAGUGCUGAUGAUCCUUCACGUGUAUUGCUAGAAUUUACCUCUGCUCGAUUUAUUCGCCUGAGAUUUCAGAGGAUAAGGACCCUAAAUGCUGAUUUAAUGAUGUUUGCACACAAGGAUCCAAAUGAAAUUGAUCCCAUUGUUACAAGGAGGUAUUACUAUUCUAUAAAAGAUAUCUCUGUUGGAGGCAUGUGUAUAUGUUCAGGCCAUGCGAAGGCUUGUCCACUGGAUCCAAUGACCAAUAAAUCCAUCUGUCAGUGUGAGCACAACACAUGCGGAGAGACAUGUGAUCGGUGUUGUCCUGGUUUCAAUCAAAAACCUUGGCAUGCUGGCACUUUCCUGGUUAAGCAUGAAUGUGAACCGUGCAACUGUCAUGGGAAGACUGAGGAGUGUUACUAUGAUCAGGAUGUUGCAGACAGAAAUCAGAGUUUGAAUGUCCAUGGAGAAUACAUUGGGGGUGGAGUGUGUGUGAAUUGCACAAGCCACACCGGUGGCAUAAACUGUGAGACCUGCGUCGAUGGUUACUUCAGACCUAAAGGGGUAUUGCCAGAUAGCCCAGAUCCAUGCCAGCCGUGUUCCUGUGACCCAAAUGGGUCUUUACAUGAUAUCUGUGUCAAGGACGAGAAACAUGCAGAACAAGAUAUGUUGCCUGGCUUCUGUCAUUGCAAGACUGGCUAUGCAGGAAAGAGCUGCAACAGAUGUGCCUUGGGUUAUACAGGAUAUCCUGAGUGCCUGCCCUGCAACUGCUGGCUGAAAGGCAGUGUGAAUGUUGACCCUUGCGUAGGUCCCUGCAUCUGCAAGGAACAUGUUGAAGGAGAAAACUGUGGUCGUUGCAAACCAGGUUUUUUCAAUCUGCAGCAAAAUAAUCCCAAAGGCUGCGAGGAAUGUUUCUGCUCUGGGAAAACAAACGUCUGCACACACUCUCACCUUACCUACAGAAGUAUAGAAGAUAUGAACGGCUGGUAUCUGACUGGCUUACCAGGUCUCAUCAGAGUUACCCCCAAGCAAAAGAGAUUUGAUGGGCAUCAUCAGUUUAGCAUCAGCAACGUGGCUGCGCGAAAAGUACUGCCACAGACUUAUUAUUGGAGUGCACCCAGAUCUUAUUUGGGCAACAAAGUAGCAGCUGCUGGAGGACAUCUGAAAUUUACAGUCUCCUAUGACUUCACAGAAGAACAAGAGACAGUUCAAUUGAUGGUUCAAUCUGAUGUCAUCAUAGAGGGAGAUGACUUGAGAAUCAGCACUCCAAAAGAGGGGAUUCACCUGCAGCCUUCUGAAGAGCACACUGAAGAAAUUGUAUUGAAACCAGAAUCUUUCUCUGUGCACGGCACUGAUGUUCCAGUCAGCAGGAGGGAGUUCAUGACUAUCCUGGCAAAUGUAAAGAGGAUCCUCAUAAGAGCCACAUACAGCAAUGGGAUGAAUGCCAUCUACAGACUAAGAAGUGUUAGUAUUGAAGCUGCUGAUCCCAGUUCAGCGGGGAGAAAGGUAGCACCUGCAGUGGAGUUAUGUGACUGUCCCCCGGGGUAUGAUGGUACCUCAUGUGAGUCUUGCUGGCCUCGACACAGGCGUGUGAAUGGCACAAUUUUUGGUGGAGUCUGUGCACCAUGUACAUGCUUUGGUCAUGCAGAACUGUGUGAUGAUAUCACAGGAGAAUGCCUGGACUGCAAACACAACACAGGUGGUUCAUAUUGUGAUAGAUGUCUUCCUGGCUUCUAUGGGGAUCCUACUAAAGGGACUGCUGAAGACUGUCAGUUGUGUGCUUGCCCCCUAAAUAUACCUUCUAACAACUUUAGCCCAACAUGCCAUUUUGACCGAAGUCGUGGAGUAAUAUGCGAUGAAUGCCCAGCUGGGUACAUGGGACCACGCUGUGAAAGGUGUGCAGAAGGCUAUUUUGGACAACCUCUAACACCCGGGGGAUCAUGCCAGCCAUGCCAGUGCAAUGACAACCUUGACUUCUCCAUUCCUGGCAGCUGUGACAGCUUGUCUGGUGCUUGCCUGAUAUGUAAGCCAGGUACAACAGGCCAAUAUUGUGAGAGGUGUGCUGAUGGAUAUUUUGGUGAUGCUCUUGAUGCAAGGAACUGUCAACCCUGUCACUGCCACAUCAAUGGCUCCUUCUCAGAGAUCUGUGACUCUCGGACAGGCCAGUGCUCAUGUAAAGCCAACGUGAUCGGGCGCCGGUGCGACAUCUGCAAGCCUGAAACAUUUGGCUUACAGUCUUCAAGAGGAUGUGUUCCCUGCAACUGCAACUCUUUUGGUUCCAAGUCCUUCGACUGUGAUGGAGAUGGACAGUGUUAUUGCCAGCCUGGAGUGACAGGAAAGAAAUGUGACCGCUGUGCUCAUGGAUUUUACAACUUUGAAGAAGGAGGCUGCACUCCCUGUGAGUGUCCACGUUUUGGUAAUAACUGCAAUCCCAUCAGUGGCCACUGUAUCUGCCCUCCCAACACUGUUGGAGAGAUGUGUGACAAAUGUGCACCAAACUACUGGGGCCAUGACAUUGUCAGUGGCUGUAAGCCAUGUGACUGCAGCCUCAUUGGAGCCCUGAGUUCUCAGUGUGACUUAGAUACAGGCUGUUGUUUCUGCCGCCCUGAAUUCUCUGGGGAUAAAUGCACGGAGUGCAGGUUGGGUUACUGGAAUUAUCCACAAUGUGUUGCUUGCCAGUGCUUCCUGGCAGGGACUGAUCCACAGAGCUGUGAUACAGAGUUGGGAAAGUGCUCAUGCAUUGAUCAUACUGGCCAAUGCAGCUGCAAGGUUAAUGUGGAAGGUGUCCACUGUGACAGGUGCAAGUCUGGUACAUUUGGUCUCUCUCCCAGAAACCCACUUGGCUGCAGCAGUUGCUAUUGCUUUGGCCUGACUACACAGUGCAGUGAGGCAAGGGGGCUGAUUCGCAUGUGGGUGACCUUGAAGCCAGAGCAAAUGAUUCUGCCACUGGUGGAUGAAAACCUUCAUCGCAGCACUCUUUCAGGGAUUGCAUUCCAGCCUCCUGAAAUAGUAGCAAACAUAGAACAGGUGAUGCAGGAUCUUCGGUCAGAACCUGUUUACUGGAGACUUCCAGAGCAGUUUGAGGGUCGAAAGCUGACUGCUUAUGGAGGGAAACUGAAAUAUGCAAUCUACUUUGAAGCACGAGAAGAGACUGGGUUUACUACUUACUACCCGCAAGUCAUCAUAAGAGGUGGACCUCCCACCCAUACAAGAAUUAUUGUCCGGCAUAUGGCUGCCCCUCUGAUUGGGCAACUGACAAGGCACGAGAUAGAGAUGACAGAGGCAGAUUUCACAUGGAAGUAUUAUGGAGAUGAAUCAAGAGCAAGUAGAGCUGUAUCCCGGGAAGACUUCCUGAAUGUGUUGUAUGAUGUUCAUUACAUUCUUAUUAAGGCUACUCAUGGCAAUAUCAUGAGGCAGAGCAGGAUUUCUGAGAUCUCAAUGGAAGUUGCUGAAGGUGGCACUGUGUCUGGGAUGACUCCUCAGGCUUACUUGAUUGAGAAAUGUGAUUGCCCGUUCGGUUAUUCUGGUUUGUCCUGUGAGUCAUGCUCUCCAGGAUUUUAUAGGCUUCCAUCCUCACCCGCAGGAAGGACACCUGCUCAGUCCUUAGGCGCCUGUGUUAUAUGUCAGUGUCAUGGACACAGUACUAUGUGUGAUCCUGAAACAUCAGUUUGUCAGAAUUGUCAGCACAAUACUGCUGGUCACCACUGUGAGAGAUGUGCGCUAGGAUUUUAUGGCAUUGUCCAAGGCUCUCCAAAUGACUGUCAGCCUUGUGCUUGUCCCCUGGCCACUUCUAGUAACAAUUUUAGCCCUUCUUGUGUUGCGGAAGGACCUGGUAAUUACCGGUGUACUGCAUGCCCACCUGGAUAUGAAGGCCAGUACUGUGAAAGAUGUUCUUCUGGCUACACUGGAAACCCACAGACUCCAGGAGGGUCCUGCCAGGAAUGUGAGUGUGAUCAAUACGGUUCCCUGCCUGUCCCCUGCGACUCUGUCACUGGACAGUGCACUUGCAAGCCUGGAUUCACAGGGUGGAAGUGUGUUGGCUGUGAACAUCUGCAUGCACGUGAUGGCACGAAGUGCAUUUCUUGUGAUGAUGAAUGCACAGGACUCCUUCUCAGUGGCCUGGAUCGGCUAAACCAUAUGAUCCUGAGUGUUAACCUUAGUGGUCCACUGCCUGCUCCGUAUAAAAUGUUGCAUGGUUUUGAGAACAUGACACAGGAAUUAAAGCAUUUGCUUUCACCUCAGCGAGCACCAGAGAGACUUCUUCAGCUAGCACAAGAAAAUCUGGAUACCCUGGUGACAGAAAUGGAUGAACUACUGACAAGAGCUACCAAGGUGACAGCAGAUGGUGAACAAACCAGGCAGGAUGCUGAGAGGACUAAUGACAGAGCAAAAUCUCUUGGACUGUUCAUCAAAGGCAUUCUCCAAUCUGCAGAAGCUGCAAAUGAAGAUGCUAUAAAACUGAACGAGACACUCAGAACCCAAGAUGAGACCUUGGAGAGGAGUCUUCCAGAACUGCAGAGUGAGGCUGACAGAAUGAUCGCAGAGUUGAGAAGCAGAGCGCUGAAUAUGCAAGAAAGAAUAGCUCAAGAUGAGUUAAAGUGAGGGAAUGCAGAAGACCUUUUGGACAAGGUGAAGAAAUUAUUUGGUGAGCCCAGUAAGAAAAAUGAGGAUCUCAAAAAUGAGGUCCAGGACAAGCUAGCAAGCUACCACACCAAAGUUGAUGAUGCUCGAGAUCUGCUGAGAGAAGCUAUGAGUAAAAUUAGGGAGGCUGAUCACUUAUCUGCAGUCAACCAAAAAAAUAUGACCAUGGUAGAGAAAAAGAAGCAAGCUGUGGAAGAUGGCAGACAAGAUGUUGAGAAGAGCCUGCAAGAAGGGAACGAUUUCCUUAAUGAAGCCAACAAACUUGCAGAUGAAAUCAGCUUAGCUGUAGUGUAUGUAGAAGGUGUUGCAGAUAAGAUGCAGCCAAUGUCUGAUCAGCUGAAGGAUAAAAUAGAUGACUUAUCACAAGAAAUUCAUGACAGGAGGCUUCCAGAAAAGGUGUUGCAAGCUGAAAACCAUGCAGCCCAGCUGAAUGAAUCAUCUGCAAUACUGGAUGGAAUCCUUGCUGAAGCCAAAAACCUCUCUUUCAAUGCCACACUUGCUUUCAAUGCUUAUACUAACAUCAAGGAUUACACAGAUGAAGCUGAAAAAGUUGCCAGGGAAGCCAAGGCUCUUGCAAAUGAAGCUAUGCAAGCGACAUCUGGUCCUCAAGGAUCAUUGAAGGAUGGUGCCAAGAGCUCUCUUCAGAAAAGCUUCAGGGUCCUUAAUGAAGCCAAGAUGUUAGAAAACGAUGUUAAAGAAAAGGGGAACAACCUGGACAGCAUGCAGAACAGGCUGAAAGAUGCAGAUGAGAAGAAUUCCAUUCUCCUGAGAGCUCUGAAUGAAACCUUAGGAAAGCUGUCAGCCAUUCCUAACGAUACAGCUAUAAAGGUACAGGCAGCCAAAGAUAAAGCAAAACAAGCCAACGAUACUGCAAAUGACGUCCUGGCCCAGAUUAAAGACCUCAACCAGAAUCUCCUGGGCUUGAGAAACAACUAUAGUAAACUUGCAGAUGAUGUGGCGAAAACAAAUGCUGUUGUGAAGGACCCUAUCAAGAACAAAAUCAUUGCUGAUGCAGAUUCCAGUAUUAAAACCCUAGAAAAGGAAGCAGAUCGCCUGCUAGAUAAAAUCAAGCCAAUCAAAGAACUUCAGGAUAACUUAGGGAAAAACAUUUCUCAGAUAAAAGAACUGAUAAACCAAGCUCGGAAGCAAGCCAAUUCGAUCAAAGUAUCCGUGUCCUCUGGAGGCAAUUGUAUUCGCACAUACAGACCAGAAAUAAAGAAGGGAACAUACAACACCGUCAUUGUCAAUGUGAAGACUGUAGUUGCUGACAACCUGCUUUUUUACCUUGGAAGUGCCAAGUUUACUGACUUCUUGGCCAUAGAGAUGCGCAAAGGCAAGGUGAGCUUCCUGUGGGAUGUGGGAUCUGGUGUUGGACGGGUGGAGUAUCCAGAUCUGACCAUUGAUGAUGGGUUUUGGUACCGGAUUGAAGCCUCUAGGACUGGAAAAAAUGGCACCAUAUCGGUGCGAGCUCUGGAUGGUCCCAAAGCCAGCAUUGUGCCAGCCACCUUCAGUGCCGUCUCUCCACCUGGAUAUACCAUUCUGGAUGUAGACGCUAACGCCAUGCUGUUUGUUGGUGGUUUAACUGAAAAAAUAAAGAAGUCAGAUGCUGUAAGAGUCACCACCUUCACUGGCUGCAUGGGUGAGACGUUUCUGGACAGCAAGCCCAUAGGACUGUGGAAUUUCAGGGAUAUCGAAGGUGACUGCAAAGGCUGUGCCGUCAGCCCACAGGUGGCAGAUGGAGAAGGGACGGUCCAGUUCGAUGGCGACAGCUAUGCCAUGGUGAGCCGCCCAAUCCGCUGGAACCCCAAUAUUUCCACAGUCAUGUUCAAAUUCAGGACCUUCUCAUCGAACGCCCUGCUGAUGUAUCUUGCUACUGAUGACUUGAAGGAUUUCAUGAGUGUAGAACUCAGUGGUGGGCGUAUAAAAGUCAGCUAUGAUCUGGGUUCAGGUACAGCUUCUGUCAUCAGCAACCAAAAUCAUAAUGAUGGCAAAUGGAAAUCUUUCACCCUGUCAAGAAUUCAAAAGCAAGCAAACAUAUCAAUUGUAGACAUAGACACCAAUGAAGAAGAGACCCUAGCAACAACUUCUACAGGCAGCCACUUUGGGCUCAACUUGAAAGGGCAUGAGAAAAUAUAUUUUGGGGGAUUGCCAACCCUGAGAAAUCUAAGUAUGAAAGCAAGGCCUGAAGUGAACUUAAAGAAAUAUACAGGUUGCCUCAAAGAGAUUGAAAUUUCAAGGACACCGUAUAAUAUAUUGAGUAGUCCUGAUUUUGUUGGUCUAACCAAAGGAUGCACACUAGAGAACAUUUACACGGUUAGCUUCCCCAAACCAGGUUUUGUGGAACUGCCGCCUGUCUCCUUUGACAUGGGCACAGAGAUCAACCUCUCCUUCAGCACCAAGAAUGAGUCUGGGAUCAUCUUGUUUGGCACAAGUGGCACAGUUGUCCCCCCCAGGAGAAAGCGCAGACAGACUGGACAGGCCUACUAUGCAGUGUUCCUGAACAGAGGUCGACUGGAAGUGCAUAUCUCCACAGGGAUACGGGAUCCCCACAGAAUCACCAUCAAACCAGAAGCUGGCGAGUUUCACGACGGCAGAGCCCACUCCAUCCGGAUAGAACGAGCUAAAGGGAUGUUCACUGUUCAAGUAGAUGAAGACAAAGGCCAGACUCAGAGAUUGCCAACAGACCAGCCCAUCUCUGUUAAGAAACUCUUUGUGGGGGGUACUUCUUCUCAGUUUCAGACUGCACCUGUCAGAAACAUACCACCAUUUGAGGGCUGUAUAUGGAAUCUUGUCAUUAAUGCCACCCCCAUGGACUUUGCUCAACCCGUGUCCUUUGAAAAUGCAGAUAUUGGUCGAUGUCCCUCUCUAGAACCAGAGGUUAGGCCACCUGAGGAUGAAGAUAAGCCAAUCCACACAACAGUCCUGAUCCAGCCUGAACCAGGCACUAAUGGGGAGACAGAAAGACCAAGGACUCCUUCUGCUUCCCCUCCUCCUCCAACACCAGCUCUACCUUCAGCACUUGAUUCGCUUGCCACUGAAAUGAAGAGCGCCAGCAUUACUUCUGCAUUUGACUCCAUGACGGAUUCCUGUGCUGCUGACACAGAACCAGCCAUUUUGGAAGGUGGCAAGCAAUUUGGUCUUUCAAGGAACAGCCACAUUGCAGUUGUAUUUGAUGACACCAAAGUGAAAAACAGACUUACAAUUGAAUUUGAAGUCCGAACAACAGCUGAUUCUGGCUUGCUGUUUUACAUGGCCCGCAUCAACCAUGCUGAUUUUGCUACAGUUCAGAUAAAGAAUGGACUGCCUUACUUCAGCUAUGAUCUGGGGAGUGGAGACACUACCACCACGAUUUCCAACAAAAUAAAUGAUGGCCAGUGGCACAAGAUAAAAAUAAUUCGAACGAAGCAAGAAGGAAACCUUAUAGUAGAUGAUGUUUCAAACAGGACUGUUAGCCCCAAGAAGGCCGAUAUAUUGGAUGUUGUAGGAAUGCUGUAUGUUGGAGGAUUGCCUGUCAACUACACAACUAGAAGAAUUGGACCAGUCACCUAUAGCAUCAAUGGCUGCAUCAGAAGUUUUGAAAUGACAGAAUCACCUGUUGACCUGGAUAAUCCAACUUCCAGCUUCAAUGUUGGAAAAUGCUUUGUCACUGCACAGAAAGGAACCUACUUCGAUGGAACAGGCUUUGCCAAAACAGUUGGUGCAUACAAAGUGGGAACAGACCUGCUUGUGGAAUUUGAAUUCCGUACAACACGAAUGAAUGGUGUUCUCCUAGGAGUCAGCAGCCAGAAAAUGGAUGGCCUUGGCAUCGAAUUAGUAGACGGAAAAGUGAUGUUUCACGUCGACAAUGGUGCAGGCCGAUUCUCUGCUAUCUAUGAGCCCGAUGCACCAGGCAGCUUGUGUGAUGGGCAGUGGCACAAGGUUCUUGCGAGCAAAAUCAAACACCGUUUAGAGCUGACUGUGGAUGACAGACAGGUGGAUGGUAGCAGCCCAAACAGGGCCUCAACCUCAGCAGACACCAACGACCCUGUCUUUGUCGGAGGAUAUCCUGAUGGCGUGACCCAGUUUGGGCUGACCACUAAUAUCCGUUUUAAAGGAUGUAUUCGAUUUCUGAAGCUCACCAAGGGUACUGCUAAACCUCAAGAGAUCAACUUCAGCAAAGCUCUGGAGCUGAAGGGAGUUCAACCGCUGUCAUGCCCUGCAAACUAGCUGUCAUUCAACUGACAUGGUUCUGUUUAUAUAAGCACCUCAGAUUAAAAAAAGAAAAAAAAAACUAUAUAUACAUUGCAUUCAUAAUAAAAUACCUUAUGC